AUGCAAUCCCGGCCGCAUCCCAAGUUCUACAUGCCAGGUGAAUGGCUAUUCAAAUCUUCUACCUUGCAAUCCCAACCGCAUGCUCGAUUCUACAUGCCAGCUGAAUGGUCCAACCACUCCCAUACACUCAUGGUCUGGCCUGACUCCGCCUCUAUCCCAUGGCCGUACCAUGAAGCCAUCCAUUCCGCCCGUUACGAAGUCUCAGCAAUCGCCAACGCCAUAUCCCACUUCCAGCCUGUAACUAUGUACGCCAGGCCCCACAACGUAUCACGAGCCAAAGAUACCGUCUCUGAGAGGGUCACCGUCUGCCCCCUAGAAGCCUGGCACCUCUGGGUCCGCGACACAGGUCCCACCUUUGUCCAAAACAUUUCAGAUGGCUCGCCGACUGGUCUGAGCAUGAACUUCAACUACUGGGGUGCUAAGCUCCCCCGCGAAGGGGACGACGGCGUAGUCUCAAGAAUCCUAUCCAGAAUGGAUGUGCCGGUCAUUACCGCCCCAUUUAAAGCCGAAGGUGGCGCCAUCGAAGUUGACGGUGAGGGCACUUUGCUCGCCACAGAAAGUGCCAUUCUCAACGCCAACCGCAACCCAGGCAUAUCGAAGGAGGCAGUGGAAGAACACUUUAGAAAGUUCCUAGGGGUUAAGAAGACUAUAUGGUUUCGAGGAGUAAAGGGGCACGACAUCGCAGAUUAUCACAUCGAUGCAUUUGCACGCUUUCUCUCACCGGGUGUUGUCCUCCUCUCCAGGCCGCCCAAGACGGCCCAGGAAAUCCUACGCGCGGCGUACGAGCAAGCGAGAGAAGUUAUCCAGCAAGAAACAGACGCCCAAGGUCGGCACUUAGAGGUCGUUGAACUUGCUGAGCCUCCUACCGAGGUUCUCGCGGGGGACCAUUACGGUAAUACUGUUGCCUCGUAUGCAAACUAUCUUCUCGUCAAUGGCGGGGUGAUCAUGCCGCGGUUUGGGGUUGGAGAGGAAGAUCUUGAUGCUUUUGAGCUGUUUCGUCGGCGUUUUCCUGGGCGCGAGGUCGUGCAAAUUUAUCUCAAUACGCUUCCCAAGCUUGGGGGAGGGAUUCAUAGCGCGACGCAACAGGUUCCUUUAAGAUAA